AUGCCGAAGAGCAAGCGCAACAAAGUUGUCGCCCUAUCAAAAACAAAGAAGAAGGACAGGGAGUGGAAGGAGGGUCUAGUGACGCAAGUUCGCAACGCAGUGGACAGCUACCCGAAUGUGUACGUGUUCAAGUUCCACAACAUGCGCAAUGAGAAGUUCAAGGAGUUGCGGGACGAGCUUAAGGACAGCAGCAGGUUCCUGAUGGGCAGCAAUAAGAUGCUGCAGGUGGCGCUGGGCAAGACGGAGGCCGACGAGUACCGCGCAAACCUGCACCUGCUGUCGGCGCGCCUCAAGGGCCACGUGGGCCUGCUCUUCACAAAGCUGCCGCGGGACGAGGUUGUCCGCGUCAUGGGCCAAUUCGAGCACGAGGACUACGCGCGGCCCGGCAGCUUGGCCAUCGCGGACUUUUCGCUUUCCGCGGGGCCCCUCAGCGGCCCGCGGGGGCCCAUGGUGCACACCAUGGAGCCGCAGCUGCGGAAGCACGGGCUGCCGACGCGGCUCAACAAGGGGGUGGUCGAGCUGCUGGCGGACCACACGGUGGGGGGCAGGCGCGGCGCGGCUCAGACGCAGGGCAGGGCCGCGGUGGCAGCUCAGGAGCUGGGGGACGGGCCGGCCUCGUUCGCGUCUGGGGAAGCUCCGCCGCGCGGGGCCGGGCCCCUGCCGGCCGGCGCUAUGGGGCACCAACGCGCCGUCUUGGUCUGCCGCGCGGGCAAGCCGCUGGACCCCAACCAGGCGGCGCUGCUCCGCGCGUUUGAGAUCAAGAUGGCCACCUUCAGGUUCACGCUGCUGGCCGCCUGGAGCGAGGACGGGGACGCGUACGAGUCGCUGGCCGAGGACGAGGAGGAGGACGAGGAGGAGGGGGAGGGGGACGAGGACGGCGGCGGCGGGUUUGAAGGGUUUGAGGGCGUCGAGAUGGUCGGCGUGGGCGGCGCGAGCGAAUGA